AUCUUUAAGUAGAAGGAUCUUACCCAUUUUCACCACUGAGUUGCGAAAAGGCACUCAGAAAGGAGAGUUAUUUGCAGGUAGCUUUGAAGCGCUACGUGUAUUCCUGUUUACCAAGCAGAGAAGAUCUGAAAGACUCCAAGAAGUUUACAGAAUGUCCAAUACAGCGCGUUCAAGCUUAAUUCGAAGUCUGAAGGAAGAAUUCAAUUUGGAAAAUUUCUUUCUCACAUAUCAGUAUCCAGUACAUUUUUGCACAGCAUCAUUUAAGAGACCUAAACACUUCUAUCUAAUAUGGAAUAUUUUCUGGAGCAUUUACCACGUGGCUGGAGUCUUGACGAUUUUUUUUAUUCAAAGUGAUCUCGAUAACGUUACCAAAAUCCUGGCAUAUGCUACAAUAUGGGGUUACCUAUCACUGUCCUUGACAGUCUUAACAGAUCUGGUAAUAGUAAUAUGCUUUCAAUAUAUAGCAAGGUUUAAUAAUAGAGUCAAUAGUCACUCGCUCCAUUGGUCAAUGAAGAUACUCUGGUUCCUCUCCAAUAUUUCUUACUCCAAUGGUGUAUUGAUCACAUGUGGUUAUUGGAUACUACUUUAUAGCAGAAGCAACGGCAGAUAUAUGUACCUGAAUGUAAUGGAACAUGCCUUAAACAGCAUCUAUAUUUUGUUGAACAUAUUCAUAACAGCCAAACCAUUUCGUAUUUAUCAUGUCUGGCAAGACAUUAUUGCUUUUCUCAUCUACAUAAUAUUUUCACUCAUCUAUUUCUUCAGUGGUGGAACAACAACAAAAAAUACUCGAGUUAUUUAUUUCUUCACAGAUUGGAAUCAUCCAUCAGUUGCAAUACCUUUCAUUUUGCUCUUGUUAUUUGUUGGCCUUCCAUUAGUUCAUACAAUCUUGUUCUUUCUAUACAAACUAAGACUUUACAUUAUUCACAGAAUGAAUACACAAGAUGAAAAUAAUGAUCCAAAGAGUAAAUUGUCAGACUAGAUAGCAAUAUCACAACGUGUGUGUGUGUGUGUGUGUGUGUGUGUGUGUGUGUGUGUGUAUGUAUACACACAUUGUAAGUAGAACAUAGAGGCUCAGUUAAUAAUAGAGGUUAAGGUAUUAUCAAUACAGAGAACAGACACAAAACUUAGAUAGAUUAUAGAGGCCACACACAGAUAGACCAAGCCUCAACAGAAAACACAAAUGGAACAAUAACACCCACCAUUACCACACCACACAACAGGACGACUAAAGACACAAGUGAGAACAAAAAGACACAGAUGCAAACAGUAUUGUACACACACAAAAGAUAAACAUGCACAUACCUAUGAUGAAAUAUAAGAAAUGAACAUAAAUAAGUAAACAAAAAAUCUAUAUAAAAGGCACAGAUACACACACAAAUACACAUACAAUAACUUCACAAAUGGCCGCACCAUCAACAACAUGAAUAACAAUAACAACAACCACGAUGGCACAGGGUUGAUUUUCAAGAGUAAAGUCACCAGAACGGAACUUCUAAAAUCAUCAACGUACCUAAAAAGAUACAAGAACAAUAUCAAAAUAAGGGUCAAGAGCAGCAGCAGCAAUAGAAGAGAAAAUGUAAGUGAGGGGAGAACCAGCAUACUAAGUAUUGGUACCACUAAGAACAACAACAAUAAUAGUAAAAACAACAAAAGGGCACAGAUACAAACACUGUAGUGGGCAAGCCCAUAUACACACACACAAGUACACAUGCAAAACAUAUUGACAUGCAUAUGCAAACACACACACACAGAUACAGACACAAAAUAUGUGCAGAUAAGGAUACACAUCAUAGAAAGACAGAUUGGACUAGGUGGAACAGGAAGAUACAUAGGGAUGGAAAGGGUCGCUGAAGAGGUCACAGGUAUGUGAUGAAAGAUUUCAAGACAUAAGAUAAGAACAAUUAAUAAACGAGUAAAGAACGUUUGUGUGUGUGUGUGUGUGUGUGUGUGUGUACAUAAUUUAGAGAAAAAACCUCUAUUAAUUAAUUCAAUAAGGAAAAACAUUAUUCAUACCAUCUAGAAAAAUAAAUAUACUAUAAAAACCUUAUUCUAAAAAUCAAUAAAGUACAUAAAACAAUAAAUAGUAAAUGGUAUUAAAUAGACUAUGAGUGUUUCGUGGCUAUAUUUUCAAAUAGUUGAUAAUAAAAUCAAUCUGAUUUAAAAUUAAAUCAAUCUAAAAUUAAUUCUACUUAAAAAUAUAGAUCAUCUUCAGGUCUAAAAUGAUAAUGAUAAUAAUAAUAAUAAUAAUAAUAAUAAUAAUAAUAAUAAUAAUAAUAAUAAUAAUAAUAAUAAUAAUAAUAAUAGUCAAGACGAAGAGUGCGAUUUUAGAUGUUUUAUUCUUUGAACAAUAUUUCGACAGAACGUCUGUCUUUCUCAAGUUCAAACCAAAAGGUGAUUGAAAAUUCAAAAUUUCAGAAACCAAACGUAAACUAUGAACGAGAGUAAUAAUAAUAAUAAUAAUAAUAAUAAUAAUAAUAAUAAUAAUAAUAAUAAUAAUAAUAAUAAUAAUAAUAAUAGUAAUAAUAAUAAUAAUAAUAAUAAUAAUAAUAAUAAUAAUAAAAAUAAUAAUAAAAUCAAUGUACGCAUCUUAACUUAUAAUAAAUAUCAAAUAAUAUAGAAAAAUACUUGUUUUUACAGUAAAUAAUCAAAAAACAUUUAACAAUAUUAUUUAAAAUAAAACUGUAACUUAUCUUAUCGAAGAAUAUCUGUUAAGCUAAAAUUUUAAACGUAAUACAUAGAACUUAGCAUUUAUAAGAAAUAUAUCGCGUGAAAAUAUGGCGUAAAUAAAAAUUAUAGAAUGAAUAGAUAGAAAUAUGUAUUUAGAAAUAUGUAUUUAAGCUGUUAAAAUGAUUAAAUGUAUUUUAGCUGUGAGAAUAAGAAAAAAUUAACAGUAGUAUAGCAUUUACUGGAAAAUUUUAAAGUCUAAAUAAUUUAAAACUAAGAUACGUAAAAUAUAUAAUAUACAUAAAUGAAGCUAAAUUUCUAUAAUUUAAUCUAUUUUCAUUAAUUAAUUCAUUUAUUUUAUAAACGUCUUAGUUUAAUCUUAUUCUAAAUAUGUAGUAUGUCCUAUAUAAUCUCGUGCUAAUUUAUACACAUUUUUACUACUACAAAUUAUAACUACAACAAUUAGUAACAUAAAAUAGGGUUUAUAUAUAUAUAUAUAUAUAUAUAUAUAUAUAUAUACACAAAUUAGCUAAAAUUAUUAUAUAAGUGAUUUAACUUAUGUCUGCAUUUAAUUUUUCGUUCAUCUAGGGAAUUAAUUAAUUUUUUAUUAUUAGUUAAUAAUAUCUCCUUGAAUUCAUUAGUACAUAAACAAAAAUUACUACCUAUUCGAUAAGAUUUUGCCUUACAAACUAUCUCCCAAUUUAAAUUGUACUUAAUAUCUUUAGAUUUUAGUUCCCAUAUAUAUUUACUAAGGCUAAUAGAAUUAAUUAAAUUUCUAUUCUUAAAAGAAUUCAUAUGUUGAGCCACCCUUAAUUUAAUUUUAUUAGAAGUCGACCCUAUGUAAAUAGUAUUUAAAUUAUAACCAUUCCUAUUAUUAUCAUCAAUCAAAGUCACUACAGAUUUACAUACUACAUCCUCCAAAUUACAGUUAUUAUUAAAUUUACAUUUAAUUUUAUCUCUACAUGUACAAUUAAUUAUAUUCUGGUUUUUAUUAUUACUAUUGGAAUAAUUAUUUGAUUUGUUUUUGUAAAACUUAUUCAGCUUAAAUUUAUUAAAAGAAGAAAUAAUGUUACCAACAUUAUUAGUAGUAGAAUAACCAAUUCCCAAAUUAUUACUAGAAAUGAUGUUAUAUUUUUUUAUUAUCUCUAAUGAAUACCUCAAUUAUAUUUAAAAUCUCUUUAAUAAUGUUUGUUUUAACUUGAACUCCAUAAGGAAUAAUUAACCAAUUAUUAACCAUAAUUACCUAAAUAAAACUUAUCAUAAUUCUUAAUGUUAGGUUUAUUAUUAUAAAAAAUAUAGGAAUCAUUUAUAUUAUAAUCUUUUAUAUUAUAAUUAUAUUUAGAAUUAUUAAAGAAUUUAAUAUCAUUAUAUCUCGCCUCCCGUGGGGCUUCAUUAUAAUAAGGUGUGUGCUUUUGGAAAUCUCAAAAUUAGAAGAAAGCAACGAUAUUCUUUUACCUAUAUUAUCUGUCAACGAUUUCUUAAUUGAGGGUGGAUGAUUACUAUUAGCAUUAAUAUAUCUAAGGUUUUUAUUAAUUUUAUGGAAUGGUUGGGUUUUACCUGUUAUUAAAUUAAAAUUAGCAUCUAAAUAAUUAACAUUAUAGUUCUCAUUAUAUAUAGUAAUACUUAAUCUAUUUCUUUUUAAAAAACUAUAUAGUUUCUUCUUAUAUAAUUCUAGUGUUCUAUUGGUGCAAUAUAUAUGUCAGGUCAUUAAGAAUGAAAUGUCCAACUUUGAACUGAAAGAUUAUUUUACUUUAUCUCAACAAAAAGCAAUGCAGUUAAUCAAAGUAUACACCUAAAUUAUCAACACAGUUUUGCUAUUUUAUCGGUAGCUUAUUUAUGUCAGCAGCGAAGAAUUCUGGAGAGCAAGAGGUGAUGAAAUAACAAAAGAUGUUUUUGCAUCUUCUUCAGAUUUGAAGAUUUUUCCUUGCAAAAAAAUUGUCUAAUGUCUGGAAAACGAGAUAGCCAGUUGGUGCAAGGUCUGGCGAAUAUGGUAGAUGACAGAGUACUUCCAAGUUCAGUUCCUGUAACUUGAGUAGCGUUCUUUGUGCAACAUGUGGUCGAGCAUUGUCUUGCAAGAGAAUUGGUCUAUCUCUAUUGACCAAUCUCGGUCGUUUAAUUGCAAGUUCACUCAUCAUUUCAUUCAGAUGGUUGAUGUAUACAUCCACUGUAACUGAUCUAUCUAGUCUCAUGAAGCUGUAGUGGAUGGUACCAUUAGCUUUUCUUGGUGAAUAUUCUUUUUUGGAUUGUGUUUUGGCACAUCGUCUCUAUCCAACCGCUGUGCAGAACGCUUGCUAUUGUUGAAAAGAAUCCAUUUUUCAUCACGCGUAACAAUACGAUGCAAAAAGGGUUCGCUUUUAUGCUGUGACAACAAAGAACACCAAACCCACUUGUCCAGCUUCUUUACCUUGUUGAUCCAUUUCAGAUGGUCCAAUACAGUUGGAAUCGAAACAUCAAACCUUGCUGCUAACUCACGCGUAGUUUGAAAUGUAUCUGCUUCCACUGCAGUCUCCAGCUCAUCAUCAUCCACCUUGGUCUCAGGUCUGCCACAGGGUUGAUUUUCAAGAGUAAAGUUACCAGACCGGAUCUUCCCAAAUCAUCGACGUACAGUGCACUCAUUCGCCACAUCUUCAUCAAAAACCUCAUUGAUGUUUCGAGCUGUCUGGGAUGCAUUGGUUCCACGACGGAACUCAUUCAUAAACAGCACGAAUUCAUGAUCUAUCCAUGGGUUUACAAAAAUUAAUUUACAAGAGAAAACUCCCAAUAUAAUCAGAUACCAUGAAUUGCAUUUAGAAAAGUUGUAAAACAAAGAAUUGUCAGGAUAAAACAUUAGAGCUAACGACUGUCAAACUUGGUGCAUAAGAAAAUGGGACAUUUCAUUCUUAAUGAUCUUAUAUAUAUAUAUAGGUAUUAAUAUUUCUAAGUCUCUCUAAAGGAGACUACGGCAGCGGUACUGGAAAUUAAUAGUUAUCGCCAAGCCAACAUGGCAGUCCCAAAAUUAGGACGAAAGCUGCCAUGAAUUAGCUCCAAGAAGCCAUCGCCUCUAGCUAGC